GGCAAACACGGGGAACACUCCAUCUGCAAAAAACAGGACAAGAGGUAGGAGGAAGCUGAGGUUUUAUUUCUGAAGCUCUUCUGCCAUGAUCUCUGCACAGCAGCCAUCAUUCCCCAACAAAACUCAAAGAGAAAUGGACUGCCAAUCUGAGGAAGAAGAAACCUGUGAAGAGCAGUGUGACUCUGAAAACUGCACUUGCAGCUCCAAGCAUGCAGAAUCUAACACAGGCUCACCAGUAACUCUCAAAAUACUGCAGAACUGGGUUCCUAGAGUUUCACACUACUUCGAUAAAGAGCACUAUACAUACGUGGGCCACCAGAUCGUCAUUCAGGAGUCCAUAGAACACUUCGGAGCCGUGGUAUGGCCGGGGGCACUGGCUUUAUCUCAAUAUCUGGAAUCAAAUCAAGAACAAUUCAACCUCAAAGACAAAAAAGUUUUGGAAAUUGGUGCUGGAACAGGCUUGCUUUCCAUUGUGGCCUGUAUCUUAGGAGCUCAUGUUACAGCUACUGAUUUGCCUGAAGUUCUUGAAAAUCUCUCAUAUAAUAUUUCAAGAAAUACACAGAACAUGAAUAUGAACAAACCUGAAGUAAGAAAACUGGUAUGGGGAGAAGGCCUCAAUGAAGAUUUUCCUGUAUCAACUUACCAUUAUGAUUUCAUACUGGCAACUGAUGUUGUGUACCAUCAUGCAGCUCUGGAUCCCCUGCUAGCAACAAUGGUAUAUUUUUGUAAGCCAGGAACAGUACUACUAUGGGCCAAUAAAUUCAGAUUCAGUACAGACUAUGAAUUUUUGGAAAAACUUUCCAAUAUAUUUAACACAACUGUUCUAGCAGAAUUUCCAGAAUCAAAUGUCAAGCUGCUUAAAGCCACAGUAAGAGAAAAUUAAAGAGAAAAUUAUCAGUAUUCUUGAUUUAGUGGCACCACCUCACAGUUUGGAAUGCUUUGCAGGAUUAUGUUGCACCUUAUGUGUAUUUACGUCUGUAAAGUCGCAGUUGUAUCCAAGUUUUGCAUUGCAAGCACUGAAAAAACUAGCAAGGCAAAAGAUAGGGCAAUUAGUCUCUGGUUGAUACAUAUGAGCUGUUCAAACAGACCAAUUUCCUUUCACUGAAGGAACAACCUUCAUAGCAGUAGUCAGUAAUAAGGCUUUAACAAAAAGCAUUGAUCUUCUGGGCUGCACUGAACUUCUGUUGUUUGUAAGGUGUUUUCUUUCAGCAAGUUUUGUUUACGUACUAAUCCAGAA